AUGGGUAACAUGUGUGAAUAUCAUGCAAGAAAUGUAUUAAACAUUGAUAUUAAAAAAGAUUAAUAAUGAAUAAAAUCUAUAGCCAAAGUUGUUAGCAUAACAUAGAUUCUAAGAUAUUGGAAUUUACUUAGAUGCAGGAGACAUAAAAAAUGAAGAAGUAGAUGUUAUUGUAGCUUAAACAGAUUUAAAUUUAAAGGUAUUAAUAAUAUAUGUAAUACCAGCUACCUUAUUACUUGAUAAAUAAUGUUUCACCUUAAACAAAAUAACAGUUGCUAAAAUACAUUUAAUAGAUUAGAGAUAAAUAAGCAGUAUCUCAUGGUGAUGUUGUACAUUCUCAUGCUGCAGAAGUAUCAUAAUUGUAUUAUUAUUAUUAGCUGGAAUUUGAUUUUGUAUUUUAUUGCAUUUUACCAAAUGAAGAUGAUGAACCAAUGAAAUUGGCUAGAAAUCAUAAUCCUAAAAAUUUAAACUUGAAAUUACCAAAAAAUGCUCAUUAAAAAUAUUAGAAAUAAUUUAUUUAUGAUUGCAUGAUGACUUGUCUUAAAGUAGCAGAAGAGAUGGAGAUUACGUCAAUAUGUUUUCCUGUUAUGAAAUCAACUAAAUUUACAAUAUCAACAAUUGCAACAAUGCAAAUGAUUGCUGUUAAGAAUUUUUUAGAAGAAAAUGUUACAAAAAUAAAAUUCUUGAGUUAAGUUAGAUUUUGUAUACAAGAUGAUAAAGAUUAAGAAUUAUUCAAAUGGGCAUUUGAUAAAGUAUUUAUGGAUACAGAUGAUAACAGUGAGGCAAGUGAUGAAGAUUCACUAAAUAAUAAUAGUGGUGGUAAUAGUGGAAGUGGAAGUGCAGGUAAUUCUUUGAGUAAAAAUGUAAUUAUAAAGUAUUAAUUUAAGAAUUUAUAUGAAUUAUAACCAACAAUAAAAAAGCCAUAAUAAAAGAAUUUUGAAGAAGAUGAGUUUGUUAAGAGUUUUGGUGCUAAUUAUUAUGAUAAAUUUGAAAGUCCUUAGAGUGUGGGUAGAAAAAUAUCUAUUUGA